AUGUGGGUGCUGGCUUUGGGUGGGAUUUUCCUGGCAGUUGCCAAGGCCUGUAUCUUUUGUCGCCUGCCAACCCAUGACUUGCGAGGCCGCCUGGCUCGGCUAACCAGCCCAUUGGAUGCCCAGUGGAAGGAUUGGGUUCCCCCAGAUUUCUCAGCCUUUGCUUUAGAUGAGAUAACUAUGAACAAAAUCACAGAGAAGACUCACAGAGUCCUGAGAGUCAUAGAAAUCAAAGCAUCCAUCUCCUCACUUCCUCCCUAUUGGCAAUGGCUUCGAAAGACCAAGAUCCCCCAGUACACCAGGGAAGCUCUCUGCGCCCCUGCCUGCCCGCACUUCUUGCUGUCUCCGGCAGGCGGCAGCACCAUCGUGUACAACUGCUCCACCUGCGAGAGCUUCCAGGCGUCCUGCUGGCCCCGAAAGCGCUGCCUGCCAGGAAGUCAUGAUCUGUGGGAAGCCAGGAUUGUGCUCUCCUCGAUCUUCGGAGCUGCCCUGCUUCUGGGUGGGCUGAGCCUUCUGGUGGAGGCCUACUACCUCCAAGCCAAAGCUGACUUGUGA